CUCGAUUGGCUGGCGCUGGCAGGGUAUCCUCUCGGGCCGGGCCUGGGCGGUGCGGACCAGGCCUGGUGCGGCGGCGCGAGGCAGUAUGAUUUGAGGUCGUAAACAUGGAUUUUUCUCGGCUGCAUAUGUACACCCCUCCUCAGUGUGUGCCGGAGAACACUGGCUACACCUAUGCGCUCAGUUCAAGUUACUCUUCUGAUGCUCUGGAUUUUGAGACUGAGCACAAAUUGGACCCCGUAUUUGAUUCUCCAAGAAUGUCUCGCCGUAGUUUGCGUCUGAAGACAUCACGUGUCACUGGUGAUGGCCAGGCCGUGGAUGCUCAUUCCUGCACCAGCAGCGUUGCCUCCCUCAAGGACAGAGAGACCAGAACAGCAAAACAGCACAGAAGUAUAAGCAAGCCAACUUUUAGCCUCAACCAUAUGUCAAGGAAGGUCGUGUCCUCAGCCGUCAGCCAGGGAAGCACCAGCAGUUUGCAGGGUGCCACUUCUCUGCAGCCUCCGGUGCUGGACGAGUCUUUGAUUCGCGAACAGACCAAAGUAGACCACUUCUGGGGUCUUGACGAUGAUGGUGACCUCAAAGGUGGAAGUAAAGCGGACACUCAGGGAAAUGGAGACUUGGGAGCAGAGGCAACAGAGGCCACAGCACACAACGGGUACACCUGCAGGGACUGCAUCAUGCUCUCUGAGCGCAAGGACGUGCUCACUGCACACUCCACUUCCCACGCACCACUCUCCAGGGUGUAUUCUAGGGACAGGAGUCAGAAACGCGGUGCAUCUUUCUACAUGGAUAGGAUUUUGUGGCUGGCCAAAUACACUUCAUCAUCUUUUUCAUCAGUUUUAGUUCAACUUUUUCAAGUGGUUUUAAUGAAGCUCAAUUUUGAAUCAGAAAAUUACAAAUUGGAAAGCUAUGACUCAAAAGAUUAUGAAUCAAAAGGCUAUAACUCAGAAAGCCAUAAAUUAAAAGCUCAUCCCAGGUACUAUGGGAGAAUGAAUGUAAGAGAGUUUCUCAGAGAGGAUGGCCACCUCAGUGUAAAUGGGGAAUCGCUGUGCGAUGACUGCAAGGGGAGGAAGCCCCGUGAAAAACACACAGCUACCCACUUGCAGUCUUCGAGGCCACAAAGCGUGGUGGGGACCAUUUGGCACAUCAGUGCUUAUGCAGGUUACUUCUUGAUGCAAACACUGCGAAGGCUUGGAACCGCAGGAUGGGUUGUGUCCAAGACGGUGUGGUCAGUUCUUUGGUUGGCCAUUGUUGCUCCAGGAAAAUCAGCCUCUGGAUUGUUCUGGUGGCUAGGUGUUGGAUGGUACCAGUUUGUUACUUUAAUUUCUUGGCUGAAUGUGUUUCUUCUUACAAGGUGCCUUCGCAAUAUUUGCAAGUUUUUAAUCUUGCUCAUUCCACUGUUACUUUUACUUGGUGCAGGUCUCUACUUAUGGGGUCAGGGUGAUUUCUUUUCAUUCCUGCCUCUGUUAAACUGGACAAACGUGCAUACAACACAGAGAGUAAAUGACCCCCGAAACAUAUUUAAACCUGAAACUUCUCACCUGCACCAACCUCUCCAGGGUGGCGAUCAAGCUUUACCAUGGAUGAAUCACAUGGAGCAGCAGAUGGCCUCUUUGUCUGGACAGUGUCACGACCAUGACAAGCAGCUCAGGGAACUGAGGGUUUUACUUCAGAAACUGCAAGUGCAGGUAGACCGGAUGGAUGAUGGCAGUGAGGGGCUGUUGUCACUGGUUAAAGCUAUGGUUGCACAGCACCUGCAGGAGGCGGGAGCAGUCGGGCCUCCAGGAUCUCAGACUGACUUUAUGACUUUUCACCAAGAACACGAAGUACGGAUCUCAGGCUUGGAAGAUAUUCUUGGAAAACUGACAAAAAAAUCUGAGGCUAUCCAGAAGGAACUAGAACAGACCAAGUUCAGAACACUAAGUGGGACUGAUGAGGACCAGAGGCUCCUGUCCAUGGUGCAACAUCUUGAGCUGGAGUUGAGUCAUUUGAGGUCAGAGCUGUCACGUUGGCAACACCUGAAGACCAGCUGUGAGAAGGUGGAUGUGGUACAUGAGAAAGUAGAUGCCCAAAUCAGAGAAACCAUCAAACUCAUGUUUUCUGAAGAUCAGCAAGAUGGUUCUCUUGAAUGGCUGCUACAGAAGUUCUCUUCUCGGUUUGUAAGCAAGGAUGACUUACAGAUUUUAUUACGAGAUUUAGAGCUGCAGAUACUGAAGAACAUCACCUACCACAUUUCUGUGACAAAUCAGGUCCCAACUUCUGAAACUGUAGUGUCUGCAGUGAAUGAGGCAGGGAUUUCCGGGAUAACAGAAGCGCAAGCACGUGUCAUUGUAAACAACGCUUUGAAGCUGUAUUCCCAAGAUAAGACUGGAAUGGUAGACUUUGCCCUGGAGUCUGGUGGUGGUAGUGUCUUGAGCACUCGCUGUUCUGAAACUUACGAAACCAAAACAGCAUUGAUAAGUCUGUUUGGGAUCCCCUUGUGGUACUUCUCGCAGUCUCCUCGUGUAGUGAUCCAGCCUGACAUAUAUCCAGGUAACUGCUGGGCCUUUAAAGGCUCCCAGGGGUACCUGGUAGUGAGACUGUCGAUGGUGAUCUACCCAACCACUUUCACGCUGGAGCACAUCCCAAAGACACUGUCACCGACUGGCAACAUCACCAGCGCCCCCAAGGACUUCGCAGUCUAUGGAUUAGAGAAUGAGUAUCAAGAAGAAGGGCAGCUUCUGGGACAGUUUAUGUAUGACCAAGAAGGGGAAUCACUCCAGAUGUUCCACACACUGAAAAGACCUGACAGUGCUUUCCAGAUAGUGGAACUUCGGAUUCUUUCUAACUGGGGCCAUCCUGAAUACACCUGUCUCUAUCGGUUCAGAGUUCAUGGAGAACCCGUCAAGUAAAGACACUACUCAUCAUUUUUGUACAUUUCUGUAUAUACUGGGACAGCCUGAAACACUGGAAUCCUUCAUGGAUGACUCAUGUAUAAUAAGAGGAUACUGUCUCUCCUUCAGUAAAUGUUACCGACUGCCAGCAGGGGGACGAGAAAAGUUAAGUGAUAGAUGUACUGGCUUGCUGCUGUGGUCACUGAAACACAGCCCUGUGAACGCAUGGGUCCACAAAGACCAUCAACCACAGGGUCUCUGGAAAUUCAUUUGAAUGUAUGGUUCUCAAAAGACAUGUACUUUGUUUUGGGGAUUUGUUUUUGAACAUAAAGCUCUUUAUAUUUGUAUUUUCUUGACAUCAGGAACAAAGCAAAUAAAGUUAAAAGGUUUGAUGUGUUCGUGAAGCUUUGAUACUUAGCCUUUCACUGGCUCUUUUAUAGGAUUUUUGGAGGGCAGAUAUAUUUCAUCUGUUAAAUCCAAUACAUAUUUCUUUCAGGGAAAAAACAAUGUCACCAAAUUUUCAUAUGUCUAAACUCCUUUCCUACAGGAUGGGAUUUUCCUUUAUUCUGCACCAGUAGUUAAUAAAUCUCUGGAUGAGGAAAUUACUGAAUUGUGUUUUUUGUUUAGUUGGCUCUUAGUUCUCAGAAAUCUAAUUUUCAGUCAGGUCUUGUACUAAUAUCAGUCGAAGAAUAGGAUGAGUUUCAUUUUUUGUUGUAGAUUGAAGUGAGUCUGCUUUCAAAGAGGAUGGCUUGGAUCUAAUCAAACACUAUAGAGUUCUCUGGUCUUGGCUAGGUCCUUCCCAGUGGGAUUCACAACGUAAACAGGAAACCAAGAAAUUUUAUCUUUCGGGUAUUUUAAAAUUUUGAAUUUUGCAGAAAAGGAAACACUAACAUUCUCUAAAUCUUUCAGAGUCUGUGUUUUUAUUUCACUGAUAGUUAUCAAAGGAGUUGUCUAGUGUGGUAAAUCCAUGAAACCAUUACCUUUUAGGAUCAUCAUUUUUGCUACAGCAGCACUUUUUACUGGCUCUAGUUGGGAUUUGCCUUUUAUUACAAGUGUCAGCCAUUCUCAUUUGAUUCUUGUGAGACUCAUUUGGUUAUAAUUAAUAUUUAAUAUUUAGACUAUUUUACUGAGCAGACUUUAUAAUGAGACAUCUGCAAGGCACUUCAUGUUACAGCUAUUUUACCUUAAGAAUUAUUUAAGUUUUAUUGGGUUAAGACAGUUUUUGGUGUACCGUAUAUGUUGUAUUUUUCAGAAAAAGAUAAAAAUGAUGGUGCUGACUGGUUUUCUGAAGAGUUUUAUGUAUAUUGCACAAUAGUCCUUAAAUAUUUGAAACUAUAUAAAAUAGCAUUUUUUCA